UGUUCAAAGUAACUGUAGCAGUGCAACUCUCUCUCUCUCUCUCGAGUAAAGCUAACAUGGAAGGCUACUAACAACCACAGUGACACGCUAUGAGACCAGCUAAGGAAGAAGCCCAGAUCAACAGGGUGUUUGAUUUGUUCAAAGAGUGGGACAAGGGAGACGAAGCUACACGGAAGAAAAUCCUUACUUGUUUUAUCCAACAAAACAAAAACAAAACUGGACCUGAACUGGAAAUGCAGUUUGCUGAAGGGGCCAGUUUGAUGUUGGCUCGUAUCAGUGCAUGGCUCCGUCUUUCAUAUUUGUUUGGGACAGCACUCACAGAACAGCUGGAAAGUAUCAAUAUAUUUUUAUCAGCCUCCUGUGGGCAUCUGUUUAUGACUGAAUUCAUUGAAAUUGGUGGAAUUUUCACUUUGAUUGCAAUCCUCCGCUUAUCCCAACUGUCAAAUAAUCACAAAACCAAUGCCGUAAUCUGCUUACAGAGUAUCUCCAAUGCUGGUCGCAAAUACAAAGAAUUAAUUUGUGAAAGUUACGGUCUGGCUGCCAUUGCUGAAUGCCUGGCAAAGUCACAAAACUCAGAAACCCAAGAAAGCUGUCAGCAAUUGUUGUUGUCCUUAUUUCACGCAAACCCUAAAUAUCAGCUACAACUCUACAAGACGCUCAUUGCCCUACUACCUUGUACCUCUCCUAAGGCUCAACAAAUUGCUGUCAACUCCCUAAGGCUGGUACAGCCUGUCAUAAAUACUACCCUUCCCACGUUAGUGGAACCCUUGCUGACCCUGUUGAAGACAUUACACUUGGAGGUACAGUAUGAAGUCACAAAUUAUAUUAAAGAAUUGAUAGGUUCCAAGCUUACCAAUCAGAUUCUUACAGGUCUUAUCAAUCUUUUGUGUCCAGAGGCCAAGUGGUUGGCCAUACCAGACUCUAUCACAGAUCCGAUGAAGUCGAGUCUAUCAGUGACGACGCCUUCCCAUAUCCACAUCCAACAGGCAGCAUCUGCUAAAACUAUAAGAAUUGUGGUGGAAGAUAAUGACGAGGUUGCAAAGAAAUUGAUUGAUUUAGGAGUGAUACCAAAGCUACUGAAUGGAGUUGGUAACCCAGGCAGUGCAGAUUGUCAACGACAUUGCUCAUUAGCGCUUCAGUACUUUGCCAAGACAUUUCCAGAAGAAGCAGUAAAGAUCAAAGAUGUCCUCGGAGAUGAACUUUACAAUGUUCUAAUGUCGUCACCUAACAUUCUCUACCAAAAUCUCUGUGUUAGUGAAGUGGAGACACUAGAGAAUAUCAGAGGCAACAUACAUAUAAUGGAACGCAAGGAAAAAGAACAAUGAAGAGUGGUACAGAAGAAGAGCAGAAAUAAUCAAGCAUAAGAAAAUAAACUAAAAUAAAAUUCA